AUGGCCGAGUCGCAAACCCCCGCUGCCGCCCCUGCGGUCAUCAAGCCCGUCAAGCCUGAUCAGGAUGCCUUCAACGAGAAGCUCGCCCAGGCCGAGAAGGAGUAUCAGGAAGCCCUGAAGAAAUACAACGAGGUCAAGGCCAAGGUUGAGCUCGCCGCUCCUAGCAAGAACAAGGACCAGCCCAGCCCUACCCAGAAGAAGCGCCAGGAGCUCAUCUCCCAGCUCAACGAGAUCCGUCAGCAGCAGGCCGGCGGCAAGAAUGCCCGCACCUCCAAGCUCGACCAGAUCAAGCGUCUCGAUGAGCAGCUCCGUAGUCGCAUCGCCGAGCAGAAGACUGCCCGCAGCAAGGUUAACUUCAAGUCCACCGAGGAACUCGACCGCGAGAUUGAGCGCCUGGAGAAGGAGGUUAACGGCGGCAUGAUGAAGCUUGUCGAUGAGAAGAAGGCCCUCGCCGAGAUCUCCAACCUUCGCAAGCAGCGCAAGAGCUUUGCUGGUUUCGACGAUGCCCAGAAGCAGAUCGACGUCCUCAAGGCCAAGAUCAAGGAGAUCAAGGACAGCUUGGAGGAUCCUGAAGCUAAGGCCCUCAGCGAGAAGUACAACAAGCUUCAGGCUGAGCUUGACGCCAUCAAGGCCGAGCAGGAUGAGGCCUACAAGAACCUCUCCAGCCUUCGUGACGAGCGCACCAAGCUCCAGCAGCUCCAGUCUGAGAAGUACCAGGCCAUCAAGAAGCUCAAGGAUGAGUACUACGGUGCCAAGAAGGAGUUCGCCAAGUGGGAGCGCGAGCAGCGCGAGAAGUACCGCGAGAGACAGCAGGCUGAGCGUGAGCGCAUCGCCAAGGAGCGCCGCAUGGAGCGCGCCCAGAAGAUGCUCGCCGAGGCUUCUGACCCCGCCUACCUGGAGGAGAUCCGCCGCGCCAACUCUCUCCUCAAGUACUUCGACCCCAGCCACGAGGUCGAGGUCAAGGCUCCUCUCCUUGCCGACAAGGGCCUCGGUGCCCAGGCUCUCCGCAAGGUCGACGACUCUGGCCUCAAGGGCAUGAAGCUCGUCCGCAAGGAGGAGCGCGAGGAGGACUACCUUCCUGCCGUCAAGAAGGGCAAGAAGAGCAAGAAGCCCACUGGUGCCGCCCCUGCCGCCUCCAGCAAGACCUUCAGCCUCCCUCCCUCCGUCAUGGAGGACUGCAGCUUCGUCGGUGUCGAGCCCCCCAUGGCUGCUGCCGAUAUCCCUGCUGCCGUUGAGAAGAUCAAGGCCAAGCUUGACCAGUGGAAGGCUGACCAGCCUGAGCAGACUCGCAAGAACAUCGAGAAGGCCAAGAAGGAGAUUGAGCGCCUCGAGGCUGAGGAGGCUGGUGAGACUUCCGGCUCUGCCACCCCCAAGGCCGACGGCGAGACCAAGGCCGUUGAGGAGGUCACUGAGGGCGUGAAGGACGCCACUCUUGAGGAGAAGACUGAGGCUGUCGAGGCUUCCGCAUAG